AAUCGCUACGCGAUCAGUUCGCUAUUGUCUUUCUGCGGAAGAUGCGGUUUUUAAUAACGGUAGCAGUUGUGGUUCAGUUGUCGUUACUCUCAACAUUGGUAGCGAGUGAAGUCAGUCAGAAAGAUUUGCAGUUACACCCAAGUACUCCUCGAAGAGGUCGGUUCCUAGGAUUGCUAGGGCUUCUAACAGGACUAUCUCUGGUGGAUUCCUUCGACGACAAUGAACCUCGAUUCAGACCUCCUGCAGGGAUAGUGAAGAUCAACAUUGGAAGACCGGAAUCGUACUACCAGUAUGCGUACAAUCCAUACUAUUACGGAGCAGUUCCGACGAUCAAUAUAAAAAUCCCUAUCCGGCCAGAUGGUGGGCAUGAUGGAUUUGAUGGAGCGGCGUUUGGUGGAAGUUUUGGGCAACCUGGACAAUUUGGAUCGCACGUUACUACCAAUUUGAUUGAGCCAAGACCGACGUUUGCUGAUCCAGUGGCGGAAUCAUCGUCAGCUGAAUCGACCGAAGAAACGCCAAAGAAAUCCAGGAUAAUAAAGAAAUCAAAACGAUCCAAGAUUCCUUCUACCCGCAUCAUCCGAAGCACUUUGCGAAGCGAUACGACCGAUGAUCAAAUGGCUGAAGAUGAAAAUCAAUUGGAAACAUCUACCCUUGAAUUGAGUGACCCCACCGAAACCAACCCAUCAACCACGGAAGAACCUCUGAUGCUUCACGGCACUGCCAUCCCCAUAAUUGAAGACAACUCAAUCACCUCCCAACGUCCAUCGCAACCCAUAGAAUUGGCGGAUUUCCCUCAACCUAUUUCACAGUCCUACUUUCAACACUCAGGAAGCCUCCAAGACCCAUCCGAGAUCAGUCUUACAACGGUCGAACCUUUCGACCCAUCGUCGUUCAGAGCGAGCCUGCCCGAUCACUUGCAAAACUAUCACGUCACUCAUCCCGAUGAAUUUCGACCCAUCGUUAGUGUAUAA